AUGAAGAAAUGGAAAUUCAAAACUCCUCCACCGUCUGAACCGUCGUGUCCAAGCAAUAUAACCAAACCUUCUAGAUUUAAACACGACUUUUUGAGCUCAACUUUCUUUCCUGUCUUUAUUUUUUUUUCUCCGGGUCGAAGAAACAACAAUUACACUGACGUUCCUUUUGUAAAGGUCGCUCUUUUCCUCCCCUCUCCCGGAACUUUAUUCUUUUCAGAUAUACUUUGUCAAGCCGCCAAAGUGGAGAGUGUCGUCGCACCAGGGGGUCCUUCUCGUUUCAGUGUAGGGGGAGGAGGUGGGGGUGCACCUCAGCACUAUCCCAAGACUGUCGGCAACAGCGAGUUCCUGGGGAAAACCCCAGGUUCUAGCGUUCAGAGAUGGGUACCUUCUCGAAGCACUAGACGAGAUGCCAACUCCUCCACCGAGAAAGGGCAAAAUGAUGCAAUCUUCAGAAAAGUUCGAGGCAUACUUAAUAAACUGACUCCUGAGAAGUUUGACAAACUAUGCCUGGAGCUCCUCAAUGUGGGUGUAGAGUCAAAACUUGUCUUAAAAGGAACCAUCCUGUUGAUUGUUGACAAAGCCCUCGAAGAGCCCAAGUACAGCCAGUUAUACGCUCAACUAUGUCUACGCUUGGCAGAGGAUGCACCAAACUUUGAGGACCCAACAGAAAAUCAAGGAUCACAGAAGCAGAAUAGUACCUUCAGACGGCUUCUGAUUUCCAAGCUUCAAGAUGAGUUUGAGAACCGCGCCAAAAAUGUUGAAACCUUUGACAAAAAUGACAACCCACUCACCUCUGAGGAGGAGGAGCAGCGUGCUAUCGCAAAGAUCAAGAUGCUGGGCAACAUCAAAUUCAUUGGAGAACUUGGCAAACUCAACCUCAUCCACGAAUCUAUCCUUCAUAAGUGCAUCAAAACACUUUUGGAGAAGAAGAAGAGAGUCCAACUUAAGGAUAUGGGUGAAGAUUUGGAAUGCCUCUGUCAGAUAAUGAAAACAGUGGGACCUAAGCUUGAUCAUGACAAGGCUAGGUCUUUGAUGGAUCAGUACUUUCACCGCAUGCAGUCCUUAACGACCAACAAGGAACUGCCGUCAAGGAUUCGUUUCCUGCUGCAGAAUACAGUGGAGAUGCGAGAGAACAAAUGGGCUGCUCGCAAAGCGUAUUCUGAAAACGGACCAAAGACUAUCAGCCAAGUUCGUCAGGAUGCAGUAAAGGAUCUGGGUGUUUUUAUUCCACCUCCGACUGAUGGAAUGAGGAAUGGAUUCUUCAUGGAUAACGCCUCCUUCCUGCAAUCAAGGAUCAAGUUUGACAGGGAAACUCUGGGUGGGCUGGCUGAUAUGUUUGGACAAAUGCCUGGAAGUGGCAUUGGUACAGGUCCAGGAGUCAUUCAGGACCACUAUUCUCCUACAAUGGGGCGUCAUCGCACAAUCCCGCUCUACAAUGGCCACAUCGGAAAUGGCAACAGUUCACACCAGCCUCAGUAUGAAACGGGAAGCAAACCAUAUAUAAAACCUAACCAGGGGCAAGGCUCUCCCGUUUUCAACCACAAGCAGAAUCACUCAGUGCAGAUGCAGUCUAAGGAUAUGGCGCCACGAUUCAGCAAGAAGGGGAAGGUCAAUGCUGAUGAGAUCAGUCUGAGGCCAGCACAGUCCUUCAUCUUGAGCAAAAAACAGAUGCCAAAGCUGCAGCCACAGAUGACUAUGAUUCCUCCAAGUGCUCAUGGUUCCCCUCUUGGACAGGCUCCACAGCUUGGCCUGAAAACCAAUCCUCCUCCGAUUCAGGAAAAACCUGCUAAAUCCACUAAAAAGGCUCCUCCUACAAAGGAAGAGUUGCACAAAAUGACUGAGACAUUAGUGGCAGAUUACCUGAACAACAAGAACAUCAAUGACGCAAUUAACGCUGUGAAGGAGAUGAGAGCUCCUAAGCACUUUGUGUCCGAGAUGCUGAACAAGAUCGUGGUCUUUUCACUUGAUCGUUCAGAUGAGGAUAAGGAACAUGCAAGCACCCUGGUCUCUACACUCUGCAAUGAGGGCCUUGCCACUGGUGAAAAUCUACUGCAGGCCUUUUUGAGUGUUCUGGACCAGUCCAAGAUCGAGGAAGAAGUACCGCUGGUGAAGUCCUACCUGGCACAGUUUGCAGCACGGGCAAUCAUCGCUGACCUGUUCAGCAUCACAGAUUUGGCCCAUCAGCUGGAGGACGGUGCACAUUUCCCACUGUUCUUGCUCUGCCUGCAGCAGAUGGUUAAACUGAAGGACCGCGAUUGGCUGGCUGACCUGUUCCAGCAGAGCAAGGUCAACAUGCAGAAGAUGCUACCCGAAAACGACCAGAACAAGGACAAGAUGCUGGAGAUUCUGGAGGGCAAAGGUCUCAGCUUUUUGUUUCCACUGAUGAAACUGGAGAAGGAGCUGCUGAAGCAGAUCAAAGUAGAUCCCUCUCCACAGUCGAUCUACAAGUGGAUCAAAGACAACAUCUCUCCUAAACUCCACACUGACAAAGGCUUUGUCAACAUCCUCAUGACCAGCUUCCUGCAGUACAUUGCCUAUGAGAUCAACCCCGAUGACGAUGAAGACCAGCUCUCAGCGCCCAGUAAGGAGCAGAUGAACGAGGAGAAGCAGCUGCUGCUGUCUUUCAAGACCGUGAUGCAGAAGUUCCUGCACGAUCACAUCGACCUGCAAGUCGCUGCGCUGUAUGCCCUGCAGGUCCACUGCAAUACCAAGGGUUUCCCCAAAGGUAUGCUGCUGCGCUACUUUGUGAACUUUUACGACAUGGAAAUAAUCGAAGAAGAAGCCUUCCUUUCAUGGAAAGAAGAUAUCACCCAAGAGUAUCCAGGGAAAGGAAAAGCAUUAUUUCAGGUGAACCAGUGGCUGACCUGGCUGGAGACCGCAGAAGAAGAGGAAUCUGAGGAAGAAGAUUACUGAGGAACAGGCCAAAGCCAUGUGUUAUCAGGAUGCAAUGAUUUUUUUAACUUAUCUCCAUGUGCUCCUCUCUGUGUCAACCCUCACUCUUUCCUCUCUUCUUGUUUUAUGAGUAUUUUCCAACCACUGUUACAAAUUCAUUCCACUAAGAGAUGUUUUACCAGAUCAAGCCAGCAUCACCACCAUGAUAGUCAUAUUAUAUUUAUGCUUAUCUUUCUAAUUUUCAAUCUAAUUUGAUGUCCAUCAGCAGAUAUUUAUAUACUUAUCAGGCUGUGUUUUCUUUAAUUGUAGGCAGUAUUUUGCAGGAAACUGUACCAGCACCAAAACCUGACCCAUUUUUAUCACCUUUUACAUCUAGUAGGAGUCACUAAGUGCUGCCAUAACUAUUUACUUACAAACUGUUUACAAAAGAGAAAAUGCUCUGACGUAUUGCAAAGAGACUUUUCUCGUUGUUUUAUCUGCAUUUGUUAAAUCAGAUUUUAGAUGCACUUUGCUCAACAUCUUGAGUCGUUGCAAUAGUAAGAUACACUUUUCCUUGAUUUGUCGAAACAAUCCUAAGUUGCAGUUGUUGGCUGCCGUAGUUAUAAUGGUUUUCUUGUGCUUGAGACUGAGCAGACCGUUUUGUCUGAAAACUCCUAACAAUCUGGAUUUGACUAACAAUAAUGGGCUGUUUGGUUUUGUACAGUGUGAGUUCGGUUUCCCACAUUUAGUUUAAUGAAUCAAGAGCUUUUUCUAUGUACAAAACUUUUGUGCUGUAAGGAAUGAAACUGUGUGGCCUUUUUAAUUUAUCAACUCAUAUGGAUAUACCUCUAAUGUAUCUCGGACUAUACUUGAAUGUCUCUGUUUUUAACAUCGAGACAGCCAAAGCUUAGUUUCCUGUGCAACAGUUGUUCACCACCAUGUGUGGAAGUUUUAUGUUGGUUUGCCAUAUUUGUCAAGUUUUUAAAUGGUCUUUUUUAUCUUCAUGAAAUUACAGAGAAUGUACUGUAUGUGUACACUUUUUCCUUCUCUUGGGGUGUCACUGUAAUGUUGAGUGCAAGAAGUUCAGUGUACAACUACAGAUCAACCUUAAAUAAAGUUUAACAGUCA